UGAUGAAUAGUCUUUGCCUAAGUCUCAUUGUCCGACCAGUGCAGUGAUCUCGUUAACGUUCCGCAGACGUGACCAGGUUUAAACUUGGCCUUCUUGCCGGUUUUCAGUAGAAUGACCGUCCCAGAAGAAAUGGCAGCGGAGGCGGCUAACAAGAAGGCGGAAAGAGAAGCCCUGCGCGGGGUAAUCCAGCAAUGGAACGCUAAUCGACUGGAUUUGUUCGAAUUGUCCGAACCAAACGAGGACUUGGAGUUCCACGGGGUGAUGCGGUUCUAUUUCCAAGACAGCGGGCAAAAAGUGGCGACGAAAUGCAUAAGGGUGGCUUCAGACGCUACAAGCCAAGCCGUGAUCGAGACUCUUAUUGAAAAGUUUCGUCCCGACAUGCGAAUGCUGUCAGUGCCCGAAUAUGCUCUGUACGAGAUUCACGAGAACGGAGAGGAACGAAAAUUGGGCCUCGAGGAAAAACCGUUGCUGGUACAGCUCAAUUGGCACAUCGAUGACCGCGAAGGUCGAUUCCUACUACGAAGGAUCGACGACAAGACGAACGCUCAGGGUGUUGGAUUUUCCGAAGGCACCAGCUUCCGGCGGAAACUCAGCAGGAGGGAAAAAAAGCAAAUGAAAAAACAGGAAAAACUUAGCCGGCUAAAGAGCGCCGGCGAACAAGACGAGAGCGUUAUUGCUGUGGACCAAAAUGGCGUUGCUGAAAAAUUGUACACUGAACUUCCAGAGACAAGUUUUACAAGAAGUAUAUCAAACCCGGAAGCGGUAAUGCGGCGUCGACGUCAACAAAAAUUGGAAAGAAAGCUGCAGCAAUUCAGGAGCAAAGAUGGUGGUCCAGACACAGGCGGUACCUUGAAGAUCUAUGGCGAAGCAUUGUGCAAAGACGUACCAUACAAGACGCUUUUGCUCAGCGUCAGAGAUUCGGCCGCUCACGUUGUCCGGGAAAUGUUAGCAAAAUACGGACUCGACCGGGCUGAUCCACAGCAAUAUUGUUUGAUCCAGGUAAACGGAGAGAAUACAAACACGAAUCCGAACCAGGAAUACAUACUCGACGAGGACGAGUGUCCCUUGGCUAUACUAAUGAAUCAUCCCUCGACGCGGGGAUCCAUUAUGUUCCACGUGAGGCGUAGGCCAGCGGAUUACGUGCCGAGGAAACGUAAGAAGAAACCAGCGGGUAAAUGGAGCGACCUGGACCAUCGGUACGAGGACGAGCGUCUUCCGUUUCUUCUGGAAUUGAAUCCGGACGGAACGGAAAUACCGAGCGGUGGCGGUGUGCGACACCGUCUUCAGCCAAACGUAACGGAAGUUGGAUCCGAGCGACCAGUCGGACCUCAGGCUGUACAAGCUCAGACCUUGACCCUUGCUGGACCGACGGUGAUGCCAAGGCAUUGCGUGAUCGCUUUCACGGAGAACAUUGUCACGCUCACCCCGUGUUCCAGGGACGCUCACACAUACGUUAAUAACCAGAGGAUAUAUCAGACCACCAUACUCCAGAAUGGCGCAAUAAUCAAAUUUGGAAGGAUGCAUACCUUCAGGUUCAUUGAUCCGGUUCCUGAAGAUCGGAUACGACAGAGACACGACUCGAACAGACAACUGGAUUACUCCUACGACAGACGUUCGCCAGACGCCGCAAGUCAGGAAGUAAAUUCCGAAAAAUAUAGAUCGGGCUCAGGGACCCCAAACGGUGGAGGUGGCUCGAAUCCACCUAGCCCGACUAAAUCUGCAGCUGCAACCGCCAGAAGUCCCACGCAAAAUGCACACACGCCAGAAGCCACGCAUAAUUACGAAACCACCUUUGAUCUCGACGGCAAUGUCGAGACGGCAAGUCUCACUAGCAGUCGAGAUGGAAACAGGCUAUCCCAAUAUGAUCGACAUCCUAGGGGUACAGAUCCAAUUUUGCCAGCUGUAUUGGAAUUCCUUGAAGAAACUGAGGAAGCAUUUCUUCACGCAGUUAUUACCGAUGUUGAACCAUCUGCUCCACAGUUCAAAUUAGCUCCGACUUAUACAUUGUACCUAGCAGCUAGAUACCGCGCUAGCACUCAUUACAGACCAGAGCUACAACCCACGGAAAGAGCUCACAGACUAACAGUCAUGCUUGCUAACGUGGCUACUAUGAUUCAACGGGUGAUCAAGGAACGAUACAUGGACGCCUCAUCCCUAGCUCUGUGGCUUGCCAAUGGUUCUGAGCUCUUGCAUAUGCUCAAGAGCGACAGACACGUUGGGGCCUUUUCGACUCGAGCUCAAGACAUAUUGGCGGAUGCUGUACACACAGCUUUUGCAUCUCUUGUGCAGUGCGUAUCGCUGGAACUUGCCCCCGCAAUGUCACAAUUUAUGGCAGAUGCCGAUGAGCCAGCCAAGGAAGCAGGAGUCAUGCAAAUAUUUUCGAAUACAAUGGCACUGCUUAGACGUUGUCGAGUCAAUGCUGCACUGACCAUUCAACUCUUCAGCCAUUUAUUUCACGCUAUAAACGCAACAGCGUUUAACGCUCUUGUUUCGAAUGGAAACCUUUGUGUUCGAUGGUUUGGACGUCGAUUAAAAGCAAGACUAAACGCUCUGGAGACCUGGGCUGAUAGGCAAGGCCUGGACUUAGCUAGUCAAUGUCACCUCGCCACCAUUAUGCAAGCUACACACCUCCUUCAGGCACCCAAAUACAAUGCAGACGAUCUGGCGAUUUUAAGUUCAAAUUGCUUCAAACUUAACUCAUUACAAGUUAGAGCCUUGCUUCAAAAGUAUCAAUCUGCAGCCGACGAGCCAAGACUACCAGCAGAAUUAAUUGAAAAUGUUGUACGAGUGGCUGAAAGUGUGGCAGAUGAACUAGCUCGUGCUGAUGGACGGGAAAUCCGUCUGGAAGAAGAACCGACAUUAGCUUUAGCUCUGCUAUUACCGGAAGAUGGAUACAGCUGUGAAGUGAUUAGAGGAGUACCACCUGGUUUGGCGGAAUUUCUUGCACCAUUGCAGAGAGACGGCUUGUGCAGAAUGGCGCCACAGCCUACAAGUAGCGGAUAUUGGACUAUCUACAUGAUCGACCACCAUAACAAUCCUCGGAGUCCGAGCGCCAUGAGUAACAGGUCUGGUGGUUACUCGGGACAUUCUGGGCAAGCAUCAAGUCAAAACCAACCUGAAAUUCAAGUAAUAAAAUUGCACAAAUCCACCAAUGGCAUGGGACUCAGCAUAGUUGCUGCUAAGGGAUCUGGCCAAGAAAGGUUGGGCAUUUACAUCAAGAGUGUGGUAGCGGGAGGAGCUGCCGAUGCUGAUGGUAGAUUAACUGCAGGAGAUCAGUUAUUGAAAGUGGAUGGACAGAGUCUGGUCGGUAUUACUCAAGAAAAGGCUGCUGAAUAUCUUGUUCGCACGGGUCCAAUAGUCACUCUAGAGGUGGCUAAACAAGGUGCAAUAUAUCACGGAUUGGCAACUUUGUUAUCUCAACAGUCCCCUGUCACGACCAGAGCGCAUAAGACCAGACCAAAGUCGGAACACUUAGAGCCCCCAAGAAUACCAGACAAGGCUCCCCAACCCUCUACGUCGCACUCGAUGGGCAAUCUUUUAUCUGUACCAAAGCAAUCGGCAUACCAAGAACACUUGGUCGAUUGGGAGGCGGACUAUAUUCAACCAGGGCCCCGUCGCAUGAGCGAGCGUGAUCUACCGUCACGACUUGGACACGAUGCUACUCCCCAACAAAUUCAUAGCAGCAAGUCUGUCCCAGCCCUGCAUAAUGUAGGAACAGAGGGAAAACAGCAACAUGAAAUUUUCAAUCCGGGAUAUAGUCGGGCAUCUUCUAGCAAUAGCGUCACCCCUCCAGUGCAACCUCCUCCAAUGCCAGCAAUGAAUGGAGCAACCACAUUGCGUUCUCGAUCAAGUCAUAGUUUACAUGACCCCAUGCGCGCAGGAACGUUGCCACCUACAGGUUUAGUCAGCCGGCAACAAUCAUCUCCCAAUCUGAAUCCAAGCCAAGCACAUACUAUUCCUCCAAAUAGUAAUUCACAAAGUAACGAAGCAGAAAGAUUUUAUCAAAAUUUGAGCGUGUACAGAAAUCAAGAUCCAGGAAUGAAACAACAGCCUAGUCCGCCACAGCCAUUGGACGAUCGAAGUCCUUUGCAUACGCAAAAAAGCUUAAGAGGUUCUCAAAACUCUCUCAAUCGACCAGCAACUGAUACAAGCCAAGGCAGGGAUCGACCGAUAUCUGCAUACAUUCCGCAAGGUCAGCAACAGAAUUAUCCUGUUAAUCAACUGCAGCAACAAGGCGCUCCUCCAAGAUCCCAAUCGUCUCGUGACAUAAUUCGUCAAGAAGCCAAACUCCAAGAGAUGCAGGAAGAAGUUAGGAGACGUGAAUUGCGAGGUGCUGGACCUAUCCCUACUCAAUACCGCCAAAAUGUUUACAAUGUUCGACCAUUGACUGCGGCUCAAGCAGCAAACUCUACUAGACCAUCACGACCUAUCGGUUCCACUCCUAAUUUGGGCCCAACUUCUCCAACAUACAAUACGAGGCAAAGUGCACAGCAUUUUAAUUACCCAGAUGGACAGUACGGGCAGUACAGUCAAUUCAGUAAACAUCAACAACCUUACGGACAAUACGGCACGACACCUAAAGUGAAGCACGAUUCUGUUCGAGGCGGUAAUGGUCUAGUAAUGGACCCCAGACAAUUGGGACUUCAGGAUCCAAAUCGCCAAUUUCCUAGUGCUCAAAAUAGCCCACAGUAUUCCAACGGAUCAACGGAUCCUAGAAAUGGUCAAUAUCAAGGAGAGCAGAUAACAAAUAGAAUGCAAAAUGGAGACGGAAAUAUUCAGGGGAAUGUUGAAAACAUUCUGAGACCUCACCUUCCCGAAGAUGCUUACAGAGAAAGCCCCCCUCCACCACCGCCAAAUACUUCGACACAUCCAUUGUACAGUAAACAGCCUGACUCUAGGUACACCGCAAGUAUGGGUGAACCUCCCAGAGGCAGUUUUUAUCCUACAACUGGACCGACGCAACAGCCUCGACAAUAUCAAUAUAGUGCGACUAAUCCUUGGCAACGUGAAGAGAGAGAAAAAGAACAAGCUCGACGAAGAGAAGCAGCGAGGCAGUGGCGAGAUCAUCAAAUAGCGGAACUAAGUGCAUUGCCAAACAGGACACCGCAGCAAGAAGAGCAGCUUAGAGCUCUUCAGUUGGAACGAGAUUUUCAAAGGAGAGCUGAAGAGGCUGCAAAUCAGCAAGAUGAUGAUGAAGAAAAUAACGAUCUUGAGCAAGAAAGUGCCCAGCGUGUCCAAGGUCUUCUUCGAAUGGCUGCCGCCCAAGACAGAUCGAAUCAAGCCAAUCAACAAUCGAAUCUGACAAGAGGAAAUUCCAACAAUCAAUCUAUACGGGGAACUCUGUCACCUCAACCAGUUAGCAGCCAAUUGCAAUCCAUAAACAUCCCGACCCACACGGCUAUGAGUCAACAAGGACCACCUGGAGGCGGCAACACAUAUCCUGGACAGAGUGACAGCUCAGGCACAUCCCACUUACAGCAAAACCAAAGUCAACAGAGUACGAUGAGUCAAGGACCCAUGUCGCCUAUGUAUGGUUCAACUAUGGGCCAGCUUGGAAGUGGUCAGAAGUCUGGUUCCUUAAGCCCUGCACAGUCGAACGAAGACAGAGACCGAGAACGUAGGAUGGAAGAGCUGAAAAGGAAGCAAGCUGAAUUUGAUGAGAAUCAUCGAAAACGAGAGGAAGAUAUCCGACAACAACAACAGCAGCUACAAAUGCAUCAGCAAAUGCAACUGCAACAGCAAAUCUAUCAGCAGCAACAACAGCAGCAGCAACAGCAGCAGCAGCAGCAGCAGCAGCAACAUCAGUCUAACUUGAGAAGCCAGCAUCAACUUCAUCCUGGAAUGUUGCGUUUGGAUAAUCUGGUCAUAAAUGGACCAAGUUCACCCCCGUCAUCGCAAAAUGAGAGUAACGACGCUCCACCGCCACCUGAACGUGGCUCUAGCUAUGCAGUGAUGUCUCAACAGAGUGCCCUUAGGUCAAAUACUUCAACGACGUCAAGUAUUGCUGUGAGUAAUUCACAUCAAACAACUGCAGUGAAAAGAGUUUCUUUCCAUGAUCCUAAUGCGAACACAGAUCCGACACCGCGGAUUGCAAACUCUACUACCAAUUCAUCAUCUAUUACGAUGAACACCAUUAGAGAGGAUCCUAAUAACUUUAUAAAUGAUGCAGAGAAUAUGUUAGCAUCUCCUAAAACUCCAGAAGGACCUGGUUUAUUUCCUGGAGGAACCCCAGGUGUUAUAGGAGCUCAGGAAGUUUACAAGGAUCCGAGACAGAGACGCUUGGCGGAAAAGCAAAAACAGCAACAAAAUUCUCAACUAGGUGCAGUACCCGAACAGUUGAGUUUCAAAGAAAAGAUGAAGAUGUUUGCAAUGGAGACGGGUGAGGAUGGUACGCCGCGUGACAAAGUGAAAAUUUCUCGAGCACAACGUGAAAUAGAUAAUAUUGGUAGCGCUCUCAGUCCUGGUAAUAAUAAUAGAAGUUAGAUCUAAAUUUUGGAUUAUCAUAGCAACUUACACUGAAAUAAUAAGAAGGUCUGCAAUACUUAAACAAUAUGCUAUGAAUGGCUAACUG